AUGCCGACUGGUGAUACUAAUUUGAAAUUCAAUGAUGGAUACAUCCUCCUGAAAGACUUGGAAGUAUGGUACUCAAAGGGGUUCAUCGCUUCGGAAGACGAAAUUCGAUUUUUCAAAAAAGAUGGGAAAGAUGCUUCUGAUGUUUAUACAAUUGCUUCACUGAUUCAACAAAACGGAAAGGAGUUCCCAUUCCGAAACCAACCGAUAUCAUCUCCUUCGAAUGCUUCCGAUGUCCAGAAUCCCACAGGUCGCAUUAAUCGUACUGAUGUCAUCUACGUGAGGCAUCGUGGUCCUUGGAUAGCAUCGGAUCAAGGCUGCCCGGAACCAUGCAGUUCAGCUGAAAUGAACAAUCGGAAUCGUACAUCAAGUCCAUCACGACAUUCUCAGAAUAUCCGUCCAUAUACUUCCCCUAAUUAUACUCUAGAACCACCGCCUGGAAUCCCUCGUCCGACACCAUUAGCUCAAAACAAGCCACUCGUUGCUCGUCCGGGAGGAUUUGAGGGAUCAAAAUCAACAUCGAUUUCAGACAUAAAUCAAACUGUAGGAGGCUAUGAUAUAAAACCACCACCAGGACUUCCCAUUCCAUUUAAUCCCUAUGGUUUCGGAUCGAGUUCUGCUCAAAACGAUCCAGUGGCUUCUCAAUUGUCUCAGAGCAACUAUCCACAAGCCACCGUGGGUGGCCAAAUCAGAGCAUUUAACAUUGAGCCACCACCAGGUCUUUUUCUUAAAAGAGCGUCGGAUAAUCAGCAGUUUGAUUCUGCUCAAAAUUUCCAAGAUACUGAAGAAUCAGAAUCACAAUCUCAAAACCAUCUACCAGAGAUGCCAAUCCCAGAAGUAGAUAAUAAUACAGAUAUGGAACUACCACCAGGUCUUCUUAUUCCAAGACCAGAUGAUGUGAUUCAAGUGGUACAAUCUGAAUCAGCCGUUACCGAGACACCAACAUCUGACAAAAAGUUGCCCACCGCUUCUAAUUCAGAAGAAAAUCAAACUGGGAACUUUGAUAUCGAAACACCACCAGAACUCUUCAGUUCAUCUGAAAUCAAUCAAGAGCAGUCAUUUGACUCUGCUUCAGUACCAACCAAAGGUUCUCUAGAGGACGGAUCAGAAGAAUCAACACCAGAAAUGUCUGCUUUAUCCGCAAUGUCAUCACCUUCGAAUGCUCCCGGACGUUCACAUCUCCUGAACUCCACAGGUCGUUUAAAUCGAACUGAUGUCAUCUACGUGACGGAUCGGGGUCCUUGGAUAGCUUCGGAUCAAGGCUUGCCGGACUCGAUCCGUUCAGCUGAAAUGAAAAAUCGGAAUAGUACAUCAAGUCCACCACGACACUCUCCGAAUUACCAUUUAUAUUCUCCCCCUAAUUAUACUCUGGAACCAAAUGAGCCAAUAUCAGAGGCAGAGGUUGACGAGAGACUUGUAGAAUCAACGCCAGAAUCUAAUUCAGAAGUAGACCACAAUGAAAACUUUGAUGUCGAAACACCACCAGGACUCUUCAAUUCAACUGCUACCAAUCAAGAGCAGUUAUUAGACUCUAAUCCAGUACCAACCACAGAGCAAUCUGAAUCUGCUCAAGAUGAACCAAUUGAAGAAUCUACACCAGACACCCCUGCUUUAUCAGUAGAUCAAGCCAGUCAUCUCAAAGUUGGUUCAUCUCAAAACGAUCCAGCUGACAAAAACUCUCAAAACAAAGAGAGUAAACCAGAAGAUGCCCAUUCGCAAGGUUCGGAAUCAACUCCCAUGAUGCCAGACAAGCCAGAAGACUCAGUUAACUUAGAGGUAGACAAACCAAGUGAAUCUGAGCCGAAAUCCACCGUAAUGCCAUUGAUAUUAUUCAACAAUAUCACGGGUAACAGUGAUUACAUUUAUCAUGAUUGUCCACUGUUUAACAACAAAAAUGAGCCGGAGGAUGAUAGAAUUACAGGACCAGAAAUAAUCGAGGAGAUGGAGAAACUGAUGUCCCACAUUGAUAUGGAUUCAUGGUGUAAAGAAUAUUCAACAUACUUUUUCUUUUUGUCCGAGCGGGUUUCAAAAAUUGGCAUGCGAGAUCGAAUUACAAUAUGUCGUUUCUGUCGUAUAGCACCAAAUAAUGGAAGCGACAUAGUCAAACAUCUGUUCAGUGAGAAUCACAUUGAGCAUCUUUCAAAACAUCAAAUAUCCAAAACAUCAUUCUCCUUCUGGAGCACACACUUUGAGAUGUGCAAGAGGACAACCGCUCAUCGGAAACUGAGAAAAGACAAGAUCCCAUUGUUCGAAUCGUUUGAAUAUUCGGAAAAGGAGAAAUUAGAGGUCUCGGAAGUCAAUGAAAUUGUGGAGUUGUUCUCAAGAAUCAAAGAUGUCGAAUUUAUGAACCGGCAGUGUUUCGUAGCUAUUUUGUUCGAAAGAAGAGGUGCACCGAAAUUCUGCCACACAUGUCGAGUCCCAAUGCCUACAUUGAUCUAUGACUAUGCUUCCCAUAUAUUCUCAAAGAGUCAUCUGACUUGUCUUCGUGGCGUCUCACAAGCAGACAUCGACUUUUGGAUUGAAGUGCUGAAAUUUCCGAUCGGCGAGACUACUGAUGAGAUCACUAUUAAUAAACCAAUAUUCGAUGUGAUUCCACUGUGGAUGUCUAGAAGAAACUAUGACCUGCGACGCCUCGAGCCAUCAGAAAUCGACCUACUAGUCUCGCUGGUUAGAAAUCUAAGCUCGACAUUCGGAAACUCGUACUUGGCUAAUUUCUUCGAUUUGAUGUAUUUGCCAGAUGAAUGCAUAGCAUGUAAGGAACGCUUGGGACCACGAAUCCUGGGACCCCGUUCGAUGUGCUUCAUAAAACAUAUUCUCUCGGAAAAGCACUUGAAAACGCUCACAAGAAUACCAGAGGAGCACUAUAAUUUCUGGGUUAACAUCCUGAAUUUGGAAAAAUCCACGAAAAAAGUCUACUCGGAGGAUAAAAUUCGAGUACUUACGAAUAGAAAUACCAACCCCAUUCCACUAUUCGACUUCAAACUGGAUUCCGUCCUCCUACCAAAAGAACAACGUGCUAGAAAAAUUGAUCUUUUGUUCAAAAUUUAUGAAUUGAUCGACGAACAAGUGUGGAGUACUGACCCUCUGAAAUAUGGAAACUCCGGGGAAACAAUUGAUUCUAAAGAAGUCACCUGUUUUACAUGUUAUGCUCGCAAGGAAAAGUUCAAGACACAGCAGCAACUUGUUUCGCAUCUCUUUUCAAAACGCCACGUGGAUUAUUAUCUCAUCCCAUUCGGUUUCUCGGAAAGAGCAUUCUUGUGGUGGAAGAGGACAUUGGAGACCCUGGCGAACAUUGACAGCUCUCAAAUUGAACUCGCUAUGGAAUCGUCUAGUGCUCAGUCCGCGCUUCCAGAGGAACAGGAAACCCAAGACGCUGAGCUGUUUCGAGAAGGCUCAAAAUCAGAAGAUGACAUAACGACGGAUGAAGAGUUCAGAGAUAAUGAGGAAGACGAGAAAAAAGAAAUUGAGCCAAACGACUGCCGAGUACCAUUACUCGAUAAACCACUAUCAGACGUAGAAAUGGUGCCGCAAACCUCAAAAAAUCCUCUUGCGCAGCUCAGCUGGGUUAUCAGAAAUAAAUGUACUGACGAACAACAAGAGCGUGGGCAGAAAGUGUUGAUGUCCACAUGUUACUGCACAUUCUGUGAUGACGCAUUGCAACCAAUCGGUUUCGGUAAUAAACUAUUUUUGUUCAGUCAUGUUGCCUCCUGGAAUCAUUGGGAAAAGAUGAACAACACUGCCCCUGUCGAAGAAAUCAAGUAUUGGGAGAAAUGGGCGUAUAGUAUCAUUGAGGAAACAUUAAUGAGCAAAGAAAAGUUUGAUGAAACUCUUGACGAAUGCAAAGCAAUAUUGGAAGAAAGUCGUAGCCUACGAGUAUUAGGUCGAAAAGAUAGGGUUUAUUGGACAUGCGAAUACUGUAACACUGUUCCAAAAACAGUCCGUUUGGAAGAGAAGGUUCAAGUAUUAUAUCACAUCGUAUCGGAUGAACACCGAGAAAAGAUGGAUCAUAAAGCCACCGAGUCUGAUUUAGAGUUCUGGAAAAAAUGGGCAACAGAUUUGAAGGAAAUGUGGAAAAUAAAUGAAGAGAAAAAACUGGCAGCUUAUCUCAAAUGUUACGGAGAAACGGUCCAAAAACCAAAAAAUGACCCUCGUGUGCCACUUCUGGAUUAUCCAAAUCGAGGUGAAAAUUUGCACAUACGAGUGUACAAGCUAAGAUACAACGGUAUGCGAGAACUAUUGACAUUGGUUGAGCCGAAUGAAGAAACGCAAGAAGCGAUGGAUUGUGUCUGCUAUCAUUGUCCGGGCACUCCGAGAAUGACCACAAAAUGGGAAGUAAUGCAUCAUGUUUUUGAUGGUGUUCAUGAUCUGAACAUCAAGUACAUGGGUUCAAGUUCUGAUUUUUUAGAAUAUAAGAAAAUAAUGAGAACACUGUUGGAUGCAAAACCAUCUCUAAAGUCGGUGCCGAAGCUAACUCUCCCUACACCACCUAAACGCAUGACUUUGCCAUACAAAUUAGAGAUGUGCAAACUCCCAUUGUUUGCAUAUAACUACUUUGAGGCAGAAGGUUUUGUUGGAACUUUGAGUGCCGGCCCAACGAAUAUUCAAAUAGAUUUCCUCACGAGAAUGGAAGUUAAGAAUGAAACGCAAAUUCUGAAAUUUUUUGAGAAACCGACAAAAUGCCUUCUCUGCCCGUUGGACAUGUCUGAUUACUCGAUCGAAGAAGUUGUGAAACACGCUUUUUCUCCAGUCCACUUGAACUUUUUUGAAAAAUAUGCGAGUUGUUUUUAUGUUGAAGAGUUCGACUGGUGGAUGGACAAGUUGAGAAACGCGAGCCAUAUUGAGCCGCCGGCGGAAGAUUCGGUACCACAGCAGGAAUAUCAUUUGGGUGGAUUGAAAGCAAUCGAUAUGCUUAAGAUACUGCCAAUUUUUGAAAAUUUUUCGGAUGAACAAAUUGAAUUGAUUGCAAAUAUCGACGAAGAUAAAGUUAAGGAGCACAAAGUAGUGCUUCAGAAAAAGUUUGGUGGAUGCGUCUACUGUGAUAAAUGGUUGUUGGAUCCAUUGGAAAUCAUUCGCCACUAUCUUUCAGAGCAACAUUUUAAAAUGGUCAGAGUAUGGCAUCCGGUGAAGAAUGUCGACGUAGAAGAUAUUUUGGCGUAUGUGAAAAUGUGUCAAAAGGAAAAAGAGAAUCAAGAUCAGCCUGCUGAAAGCUCAGAAGAGUCUUAA